UGAGAGUCAGGCUCCCAGGAGGGAUGUCGUGUUCUUGCUGGAUGGAUCUGAUGGCACUAGGAGUGGAUUCCCAGCAAUGCGAGACUUUGUUCAAAGAGUAGUGGAGACACUCGGUGUGGAUGAGAACAAAGAUCGCGUGGCUGUGGUCCAGUACAGUAGAGAUCCAGCCGCCCAAUUCUAUCUGAACACAUACACAACAAAAGGAGAGAUUCUCAACACUGUAAGAGGUCUGAGACACAAAGGUGGGAGACCUCUCAACACUGGAGCAGCUCUGCAGUACGUGAGAGACAAUGUCUUUACUGCCUCCUCCGGAAGUCGACGCACCGAAGGUGUUCCACAGUUACUGAUCCUGCUGAGUGGUGGAAGGUCCUUUGACAAUGUUGACACUCCAGCUUCUGCUCUGAAGGAGCUUGGGGUCUUGAUCUUUGGAAUUGGAACAAGGAGCUCUGAUAGCAGAGAAUUGCAGAGGAUAUCACAUGAUCCCAGUUACGCUCUAUCUGUCUCUGACUUCACUGACCUUCCAAACAUCCAGCAGCAACUUCUGUCCUCGGUGGAGACAGUUGUUAUUGAGGUUACGCCAGAAACAACAACAGAUUUAGUCACCACAACCGUAGUAUUCACUGGCGGAGAAAAGAGGGACGUGGUUUUCCUCAUUGACGGCACAACAGCGGUGCGCAGCGAGUUCCCCGCCAUCCGUGAUAUGAUCGGGAGGGUCGUGGAAAAGCUGGACGUGGGUCUUGAUCGGGUGAGGGUGUCAGUGGUGCAGUACAGCGACGGUGCCACGGUGGAGUUCCUCUUGAACGAGCACUCCACCAAAGACGAGGUCCGCCAGGCCACGAGGAAGCUUCAGAGCAGUGGUGGGAACCGUCGGAACACUGGCCGUGCCCUUGAAUGGAUCUCCAAGAACAUCUACCAGAAAUCAGCAGGUAGCCGCAUUGAGGAGGGAGUUCCUCAGUUCGUCAUUCUAGUCACAGGGGGAAAGUCCAACGAUGACGUCUCUGGACCGGUUAAUCAGCUGAAGACCAACCUGGUUGCCCCUUUAGCCAUCGGCACAAAGAAUGCCGACCCCAAUGAACUGAGGCAGAUCGCCCUAAAGCCAGAACUUGCCUACUCCAUUAACAACUUCGGGCAGCUUCCAACAGUGGAGCAGCAGCUUAUUGCUUCAGUCAACACCAUGACCACCACUGACAUCUCCGGCAGUUUUGUUCCCUCAGUUUUGGAUAUUGCUAACCUCAACAUGGGGCGGAAAGAUAUCAUCUUUCUCAUCGAUGGCUCGGACACCACAGGCUCCAAUGGCAUCGCCCACAUCCGUGACUUCAUCCUCAACAUCGUUCAGCAACUAGAUGUGCAACUUGACCAGGUCCGGGUCGCUGUCGUCCAAUAUUCCGACAAGGUCAAGACCGAGUUCUCUCUCAACACCCACAACAAAAAAACAGCUGUGCUCUCAGCCAUCAAAGGACUACGCCAGCAGGGUGGAAGAUCAUCCGAUCUUGCAAACGCCAUCGAGUAUGUGACCAGGAAUGAGCUGAAAGCCUCGGCGGGUGUCCGGCUUGCGCAGGCCUCCCAGCAUCUAGUGGUCCUUACCGGCGGAAGGUCCCCCACUGACGUGUCCGUGUACGGCCCUCUGCUUAAAGGCUCCCGGGUUAACUGCAUCAGCAUCGGGGCUGGUGGAGCAGACUCCAGGCAGCUCAACCAGAUUGCCACCAGCUCUGCCGAUGUUCUCCAGGUACCCGCUUUCCCCGGCUUGCCUGUCAUUGAGGAGAGGUUUAUUGCCAGGCUGAACGGAACAAUGCCUGAUGAGGCACCACCAGAUUUUGUCGACCCAAGCCUCCCUAAAGCCAAGGUUGCUGAUAUUGUAUUCUUGGUGGACGGCUCCAUCAACCUGGGCAAGGACAACUUCAAGGAGGUGAUGGGGUUCAUCCAGAACCUCAUCGACCUCUUCUUCACUGAGCGUGACAACCUGCAGAUUGGCUUGGCGAGCUACACCACCGACGUCACCGACGUGUUCUACCUCAACACCUACAAGAACAAGGACGACAUAAUCAAUGCCAUCAGCCGCACCGAGUACAAGGGAGGCCGCAGGAUCAAUACAGGCACCGCCAUCCACCACGUACAGGAGAACCACUUCAUCAAAGAUAAAGGCAGCAGGAAGGAUGAGGGAAUCGCCCAGAUCCUGAUGAUCAUCACCGGCGGAAGUUCGGCCGACGACAGCAAGACCGCAGCUCUGGCGUUAAAGGCCACCGGCGUGCGCAUCUACGCUGUCGGCGUGGGUGACAUUGAGGAUGAGUUGAACAACCUGGCGAGUGAGGCCUCCACAGUGGCCAGGGCAAGCACGUUUGUGGAGCUCUCUGAGCUCAAUGAGCAAAUCCUUGAGACAUUGGAUGACGAGGUGAAGGGGAUCAAGCUCUGCACUGGCGUGAGCCAGGAGCCCUCAAAAACCUGCAGUCUGGAGGUGUUGGUAGGCUUUGAUGUGUCCUCACCAAACAUCUUCCAGGCCCAGAGGAUCCUGGAGUCCAAGAUGGGUGCCAUCCUUCAAAGGAUCACCAAGAUGACGGGCAUCAGUUGCUCGUCAGGCCAGAUCCCAUUGAUCCAGGUGGGCAUCCUGGCUAUGGAUGCCGCCUCAGAACCCGUCCACCUGGAGUUCACAGACAACUCCGACAUGCUGUUCGAGGCAUUCCGAGCACUGCGCACCCGCGGACCCUACAUCCUCAACGCCAAGACCAUUGCCGCAUAUGGGUCCAGGUUCAAAAGUCGAGCAGCAGAUGCGGUCAAGGUUGUGAUACAUCUGACUGAUGGUCUGGAUGGCCAGUAUAAUGAAAUGAAGAGACAGGUUGAAGAACUUAAAAUUUCAGGUGUGAACAGCUUUAUCCUGGUGGGUCUGGAGCGGGUACCCAGGUUUGAGGAGGCCGUGCUCCUGGAGUUUGGCCGCGGCUUCAGGUACACCAGACCCCUCAGAGUUAAUGUCAUGGACUUGGACUACGAGCUUCUGGAGGAACUGGACAACAUUGCUGAGAGGGAGUGUUGCGCGGUGCCAUGCAAAUGCACCGGCAGAAGGGGAGACAGAGGAGCAGUCGGACUUGGAGGACUGAAGGGUGGUCCAGGCGGAGCAGGUGGAGCAGGACAUCCCGGAGAUGAGGGUGGAUCCGGAGACAGAGGUCCUCCUGGUGUCAACGGAACUCAAGGUUUCCAGGGAUGUCCUGGACAGAGGGGCAUCAAGGGUGGUCGUGGGUACUCUGGAGAAAAGGGUGAAUUUGGAGAUAUUGGCCUGGAUGGCAUCAAUGGAGAAGAGGGCAAGAGUGGAGUCGCUGGACCCCCAGGAGACAGAGGAAACCCUGGGAGAAGGGGACCCAAAGGAACUAAAGGACAUGCAGGAGACAUUGGGGAUACCGGAAUCCGAGGAGAUCCUGGAACCACAGGGCGAGAUAACAACGUGGCUGGACCUAAAGGAGACCCAGGCGAUGUCGGCCCAGUGGGAGAGCCAGGGGACGAUGGUAAGAUGGGAGGCCCCGGUGAACCAGGCAGGACGGGUUCUGAUGGUAGAAGAGGCCCACCCGGACAAACUGGAGACCCUGGCAAACCCGGAGGUAACGGUGUGCAGGGAGAGCCAGGUAUCGGAGGAUCCAGGGGCCAAGCUGGACCAAUUGGUGCACCUGGUACCAGAGGUGAGGACGGGAACCCUGGACCAAGGGGCCCAGGAGGAGCCCAGGGACCCCCCGGAAACAAUGGCAGGAGAGGACCUCUCGGUCGCAAGGGUGAGCCAGGAGAGCCCGGACCCAAAGGCAUCGUGGGACCUCUGGGACCUCGUGGUGAACCUGGCGAAGAUGGUCGAGAUGGAUUUGGAAUCGCAGGGCCCAAAGGAAGAAAGGGUGAUGAGGGCUUCCCAGGAUUCCCAGGACCAAAGGGAGCGGCAGGUGAUGGCGGAACCAAUGGCGGACCAGGACCCAUAGGAAACCGUGGCCAGAGGGGUGUUUCAGGAGAAAUUGGUACUCCAGGACAGAAGGGAGAGGUUGGAUACCCGGGACCUUAUGGCCAGAAAGGACCGAGAGGACCUGGCGUUGUGCAAUGUGACUUGGUGAAGAAAAUCAGAGACAACUGUCCUUGCUGCUAUGGUCAGCAGGAGUGCCCACUCUACCCUACCGAGCUGGCCUUCGCACUGGACACCUCCGAAAACGUGGGUAGGCCUGCCUUCAACAACAUGCGUGACACCGUGCUCCGCCUGGUUGGCAACAUCACCAUUGCCGAGAGCAACUGCCCCCGCGGCGCCCGAGUGGCCCUCACCUUCUACAACAAUGAAGUGACCACCGAAAUCCGCUUUGCAGACGGGCUGAAGCGGCGUGCACUGGUGCAGCGUGUGGAGGGCCUCCAGGCAUUACAGACGCGCAAACAGCGUAGCCUGGAGACGGCCAUGAACUUCCUGGCGCAGAACACCUUCAAGAGGGUGCGCAGCGGCUUCCUCAUGAGGAAGGUGGCCAUCUUCUUUGUUAAUGGGCCAGUGAAGGAUCAGCGGGCGGUAAGCGCAGCCGCCCUACGUCUCUAUGACUCCGGCAUCGCCUCAGUGUUCCUGACCAAUAAAGAAGAUGGCCAGCUCACCAGAGCUCUGAAGAUGAACAGCACUGGGUCAGCACUGGGUCAGGUGAUUGUGCUGCCCAAUCCCGGAAGUGCACAGUACAUUUCAGCCAUCCAAAAGGUCAUGAACUGCCACAUCUGCCUGGACUCCUGCGCCCCGGACCAAAUGUGUGACUAUGCCCCCCCUCAGCAGUCAAGAGACAGGAGGGCCUCCACCACUGAUGUGGACAUUGACAUGGCCUUUGUCAUGGAUAGCUCCGAGACCACCUACCCCACCGUCUUCACUGAGAUGAAACGCUACGUUGCACACAUCGUAGAGCAGCUGGAAGUCUCGUCGGACCCCAUGGCAUCCAUCCACCAAGCCCGCGUGGCUGUAAUCCAGCAUGCUCCCUACGAGUUCCUGCGCAACAGCAGCGGCUCACCCAUCCUUGUGGAUGUGGGCCUGACUGACCACCGCUCGGCCCAGGACAUCCGCAACUUCCUACUUGAGAAGACGCCCCAACUGGAGGGUGGGCGGGCGCUGGCAGUGGCCAUCGAGCACACGGUGGAGCAGGUGUUUGAGAAAGCACCACACCAGCGAGACCUCAAGGUUCUGAUGUUGUUUGUGACAGGCCCUGUGGAGCAGGAUGAGGAGCGGCUGGUUGCUGUGGCCACCGAGGCCAAGUGUAAGGGCUAUUUCUUGGUCAUUCUGGGUGUGGGCGAGAAGCUGGGUGCUGGGGACACGCGCGUGCUGACGCGCAUGGCCAGUGAGCCAUCCAACGUCUUCUACAAGAGGCUGACCAGCACCACGCACUUCUACGACAUGCACAUUCAGAACUUUGGCCGACUGCUGCCCAAGUAUCUCAGCAUUGAGAACGUUUUCUACAUGUCCCCUGAAGUCUCCAAAAACUGUCACUGGUACCAGAGUGACCAGUCAUUCCCCAAGUUCCCCUUCCCCAAGUCACACCACAGCCAAGAGAAACAUCAAAAACACAAAAACCACCAGGCAGUCCAUCCAAGAAAGCACAACGACCAAGACUCAGACGAGUUGCACGUAGCCAAUGUCACUUCCAGCAGCCUGACCCUGCGCUGGGCCAGCCCGGACCCCAAGUACAUGGCCUACUUUAAGGUGGUGGUGACGCGCCUGCGUGACAACACACUGGUGUUGAGGAGAAAUGUGACGGGCACGGAGCUCACUGUUGGCGGCCUGGAGAGCGCCCAGACCUACCACGCCGUGGUGACCAUGCACACCGCCCAGGGCCACAUCGCAGCCACCCACAAAGGCAUUAUUACCACCAAAGCAGCAGCAGAGCAUAAGGUCACUGCCCCCAUGGAGGUGACAGGUAUCAUGGCCACUACACCACUGGACAAACCAGAGAUUGCAGAGCCUCAGCAACAAGUGGAGCAGCAGCCCGAGACGGAGAUCCUUCCAGCUAUUGCUCCGCCUCGAGAGCAGAAGGCAUGGGAUUGGUUGGAUGAAAGCCGUGCAAACAGCGGGCGGCGCUCACAGCGACGAGUGAGAACAAAAGGAAAGAGAAGAAAAGGCUCCCUAGGUGCACCUGUCAACCAAGGAGUCAUUGCCGUAAUAAAAACGUAGGAGGACAUUGAUUCAUUGUCAACAUAUACCUCUACUGAGGAGAUUCUGAGGAAAAUCAACAAAAAUGACCAAAGAGAAGCUAUACCAAAGGAGAGGUGGCUGCACUGGAUUCCACAAACAGGAUUGGAUCAAAAUGAGUAUUGAAGUAGUCUAUAUUACAAAAAGAAAGAAAGCAAAUCAAUUUGCUGCAUGAUUUUUCCUACUGGUGCUACAUAGUGUUUUUGUGUGUUUUUUUUCUCUGGUUGAGUUGCGGAGAACAUCCAGUGUUUGUAAUGUAACAUUUCUGGAACAGUUACAGAAUAUGUUUUUCAUUAAAAAGUUAAACUCGUCAUUUUAUUAAGUACUGUGUAUGAAUAUCUUGGGACAUAGAUUUAUCAAUAAAUCCUUAUUUACAUAUGCACAUGCACAUACACUCACAAGUCCACAGUGACUUUGAAAGAGUCAUCAUACGUUUGUAUUACUUCACUAUAUCCCCCAACACAGACAUUCACUCACCAUGCUGAUGUUUACACAAGUCCAAGCUGGCAGUGUGUAUAUAAUGACAGUUAAACCAGUUUCUCAGCAAGGAAAGGAAUUCAUCAUUUAAUGUAAAUUCACUUCUAGAACCACUGCCUCAAACACACAUGUUCCAGUUUUUGAAUAUGGAAUGUACUUAUCAAGCUGUUAGUGUUUUUUGUUGUUGUCUUGUUUUACUUAACUUUGUGUUUCAUCUGGGAACGGGGGGGAAUAAACAUUUAUUAGACUUUCUAAUAAACUUGA